AUUGAGUCCAAGCGGUUUGGGAAACAGUGGAUUAGGGUUUAGCCCUUUUCCCCCCUCUUAUCUGAUCUGGGCAUUAAUUGCCAGUUUUAGGGUCAAAAUUGUUAGAGCUGACAUUGUUUUUUCCCUUAGAUUUUGAAUGGGGUCGGUAUUCUUCUGACGAUUGUAUUUAUUACUCAAUUUUAAGUAUUAAUCUAGUAAAGGUUCAUGUCUUCACAAAUCCAUUGCGCAAACUAUCUGUCUAAAAUGCAGCUCAAGUGGAUGAACUGCCUUUCGUACCUAUCUUCUGCAGCUAUAUUUACAAGGAAUAGGGGUGUCACCUUGAGGGGUUCUUUUUAUGGAUUUUCUAUUAUAGCGUGGAGAAGGGGCAUCCGGGAUGGUGGCUUUAAUGCGAUCAGAUUGAAUUCCAUCUUUACUGGAUUUGGUGUUCGGUGCUUCGCUACUCGACGGGCACGUGGUUCUCGGUCGCUGAAAGAGGAGUCUCAGCCACCAAUGGGCGAAGAUAAUAAUGCCUUUUACCUUGUUCGUAAAGGAGAUGUCGUUGGCAUCUACAAAAGUUUGAGCGACUGCCAGGCUCAAGUUAGCUCUUCGGUGUGUGAUCCUUCUGUGAGCGUGUACAAGGGUUACACUUUGCACAAAGAAACAGAAGAAUACCUUGCCUCUCGUGGGAUAAAAGAUGCUCUUUAUUCCAUGCAUGCGUCUGAUCUGAAAGAAGAUCUAUUUGGGACUCUUGUGCCUUGUCCUUUUCAGCAACCAGAUGGACUUGCCUUUUUGGUUGAUAAAUCAGACAAAAAGACUGCUUCAAAGAAGAGGUCAAAAGAAAUGGCAAAGAGCUUGGCCGACUUUGCAUAUAUUUCAGCGUCCACUCAACAGUCGAAACAACCAAAAUUGGAGGAUCCUAUUAUGGCCCAGCCUAUUAGUAGCAAAUAUAUGACUUGUAUUCUUGAAUUUGAUGGUGCUUCAAAAGGAAAUCCUGGAAAAGCUGGUGCAGGAGCCAUACUCAAGACUUCAGAUGGAAGUGUGGUUGCUCGUGUUCGUGAAGGCUUGGGGAUUGCAACCAAUAACGUUGCUGAGUACCGUGGCUUGAUUUUAGGAAUGAAACAUGCUCUUAAGAAAGGUUUUAAGCAAAUUCAAGUGCAAGGUGACUCGAAACUCAUUUGUAUGCAGGUGCAAGAUUUGUGGCAAACCAAGAACCAGAAUAUGGCUGACUUGUGUAAAGAGGUCAAGCGGCUAAAGCAAAUGUUCAUGUCAUUCAAAAUCUCCCACGUGUUGAGGGAGUUUAAUUCCGGCGCUGACAAUGAAGCUAAUUUAGCUACUAAUCUUCAAGCUGGGGAAGUGUACGAGGAGUCUGCUGAGUUCUACUGAUACGAAAGAAAGUGACCAAGUGACUAUCCUGUUUGGUGCGUUUUGCUGUGAAUACAUAAACUGAAACUAUUUUUAAGAAUGCCGUAUACCAACAAUGCUGAAAGAGAGUUGAGACAUAUCGGAUGCCAGCAGAUCUUUUGUAAAGCGAAUAUCUGGAAAAAUUAUCAUGUCUCCUAUCUCGAGCGAAUUUGUGGAGAUAUUUUUUGAGAGUGACCCAGAUAGUUUUGUUUCCUAAGAAUUGCUUGUGUCAUUGAGGAGUUAGUCUAAAAACUAAGGGAGAUUUGCUGCGUAUUCCUUGCUAUGAACUCAUGAUUGUAGUGUUGCAGGAAGUACUCGCCAGUCUUAUUUUUCAGUUGGGUCUCAGAUCUGGUACCUUGUAUAAGCCUAUCCAAUUGUUGCUAGGAAAAGCUUGUGAAUUUCUCUCUCUGCUAUGUAUGAUAAUAUUACAGUACAAUGCAAUUGCAUUGUUUUAUCUAUCUAUGCGGGGAUCAAAUCUGGCAAUAGAACUGGGAAUGUAACUUAUAAAGGGGCGUCAUACUGAUAUUAAUAUUGAAUUUUCCA